AUGUCGGCGUCACGUUUCCUCCUCACCGUUCUCGUCGUGGGCAGCGUGUGCACCGCCGCCGCUCCUCGUGCGCUCGCGGCUCGCGAGCUGGCCGGGGAGGAGGAGGUUGCCGCCGCCGCUGCGAUGGCGUCGCGGCACGAGAAGUGGAUGGCGGAGCACGGGCGCACGUACAAGGACGAGGCGGAGAAGGCGCGGCGGCUGGAGAUAUUCCGCGCCAACGCGGAGUUCAUUGACUCGUUUAACGCUGCAGGGAAGCACAGCCACCGGCUGGCCACCAACAGGUUCGCCGACCUCACCGACGAGGAGUUCCGGGCGGCCAGGACCGGGUUCCGGCCGCGCCCGGCGGCGGCGGCUGCGGGGAGCGGCGGCGGCGGCCGGUUCAGGUACGAGAACUUCAGCCUGGCGGACGCGGCGCAGAGCGUGGACUGGCGGGCGAUGGGCGCCGUCACCGGCGUCAAGGACCAGGGAGAGUGUGGUUGCUGCUGGGCGUUCUCGGCGGUGGCGGCGGUGGAAGGGCUGAACAAGAUCCGGACGGGGCGUCUGGUGUCGCUGUCGGAGCAGGAGCUGGUGGACUGCGACGUCAACGGCGAGGACCAGGGCUGCGAGGGCGGCCUCAUGGACGACGCGUUCCAGUUCAUCCAGCGCCGCGGCGGGCUGGCCUCGGAGUCCGGGUACCCGUACCAGGGCGAGGACGGGUCGUGCCGCUCGUCCGCCGCAUCCGCGCGGGCGGCCUCCAUCCGGGGCCACGAGGACGUGCCGCGCAACAACGAGGCCGCGCUGGCGGCGGCCGUGGCGAACCAGCCCGUGUCCGUGGCCAUCAACGGCGAGGACUACGCGUUCCGGUUCUACGACAGGGGCGUGCUGGGCGGGGAGUGCGGCACCGACCUCAACCACGCCAUCACCGCCGUCGGGUACGGCACGGCGGCCGACGGCAGCAGGUACUGGCUGAUGAAGAACUCGUGGGGCGCGUCGUGGGGGGAGGGCGGCUACGUCCGGAUCCGCCGCGGCGUCCGCGGGGAGGGCGUCUGCGGACUCGCCAAGCUGCCGUCCUACCCCGUCUAA